AUGCAGCAGUACCAGCAGUGGCUCGCCAGUCGCCAUGAGGCCAGUCUGCUGCCCAUGAAGGAGGAUCUGGCCCUGUGGCUGUCCACCAUGCUAUGUCUGGAAAUCACCGCUGAAAGUUUCAUGGAUCGCUUGGACAAUGGCUUCCUGUUGUGCCAGCUGGCUGAGACACUGCGGGAGAAGUUCAGGGAAAGUCAUGGAGUCCUGUCUCCACUUGGCAACAAUAAGACUAAUCUCUACCGGAGGAUUCCCUGCCGGAAAAGUGCACCAUCGGGAUCUUUCUUUGCACGGGACAACACAGCCAACUUCCUGUCCUGGUGCAGAGAAGUUGGAGUUGGGGAAACGUGUUUGUUUGAGUCUGAGGGUUUGGUUCUCCAUAAGCAGCCCAGAGAAGUGUGCCUUUGUCUUUUAGAAUUGGGGCGAAUAGCGAGCAGGUACAAUGUGGAGCCUCCUGGACUCAUAAAGUUGGAGAAAGAGAUCGAAUUAGAAGAAAAAUGCCCUCCUCCUCCAUCACCUGUGUCUCCCUCUCAGCCUCUCCCAGCCUCCCCAUCGCUGUCGCCUUCCCCUUCUCCCACGGCCUCUCCCACCCCGGCCAAAGUCACCUCCACCAAGAAAAGUACUGGGAAACAGCUGGAUGAUGCCGUGCGACACAUUGCUGAUGAUCCUCCUUGCAAAUGUCCCAACAAGUUCUGUGUGGAGCGGCAGUCACAGGGACGAUACCGUGUCGGAGAGAAAAUGCUCUUUAUUCGGAUGCUCCACAAUAAGCAUGUCAUGGUGCGUGUGGGCGGAGGCUGGGAGACCUUUGAGAGUUAUCUGCUGAAGCAUGAUCCGUGCCGCAUGUUGCAGUUCUCCAGAGUGGAGGGAAAGACUUCACUCAGCAGCAAGUCCCCCAGCAUCAAGGACCUGAGCCCAGACAGUUACAUGGUGGUGGCAGCCAGCUAUAAAGCCCAUACGAAAAAAUGA